CGUUAGUGGACAAUACCAGAGAGUAACCCUUUUCCAGGGCUUGCCCCCAAUUUUGCAUUUUUGGGCUUCAAAACCUUCAGAUUCAAACCCAAACCAAAUCAAACACCCACCAUCUCUCGCUCUCUCUCUCUCUCUCUCUCUCUCUCUCUCGUCUCUAUAAAUCUCUACCGAAUUAUUUGUUUGUUUUUUUCCUUUUCCAGAUUUUCCGAGUAAAAUUGUCUGUGCCUGACACUCGCGAUACGUACUUUGCCAAAACCCAACUCCUGUCUUCGUCCCUCAUUCCCUUUUUGCUUCUUCCAAGCAAAAAAGGAAAAAAAGUUAUCUUGUGCUUCUGAGAGUCUCAGACAAAGACACAGAGAGCAGCCAUGGGUAGGCCUCCGAGUAACGGAGGCCCUGCCUUCCGCUUCACGCAGUCUGAGGUUUCGGAGAUGGAAGCUAUUCUGCAACAGCACAAUAACACAAUGCCAGCACGUGAAGUUCUUGUGGCCCUUGCGGAUAAGUUCAGUGAAUCGGCAGAGCGGAAGGGCAAGAUUGCAGUACAAAUGAAGCAAGUUUGGAAUUGGUUCCAAAAUAGGCGAUAUGCUAUUAGGGCAAAAUCAAGUAAGGUUCUUGGGAAGUUAAAUGUAUCACCUAUGUCUCGGGAUGAUUCAAAUCCAGUGAGAAAUGUUCCUCAAGGCCCUGAACCUGUAGCUGCUCCUAUACAUGCUCCUUCAGCUCAAGGUUCCGGAAAGGGUGCUUCUGAAAAUUCUAUUUUUGAGUUUGAAGCUAAAUCUGGGAGGGAUGGUGCAUGGUAUGAUGUUGCUAACUUUUUAUCUCAUAGAUACUUGGAGACUGGUGAUCCGGAAGUACUGGUUCGGUUUGCUGGGUUUGGACCAGAGGAGGAUGAAUGGGUCAAUGUACGGAAGCAUGUCAGGCAGCGCUCUCUGCCAUGUGAAUCAUCAGAGUGUGUUGCAGUUCUCCCAGGAGAUCUCAUACUAUGUUUUCAGGAAGGUAAAGAGCAGGCUUUGUACUUUGAUGCCCAUGUCCUUGAUGCUCAAAGACGAAGACAUGAUGUAAGAGGUUGUCGUUGUAGGUUUUUGGUGCGCUAUGUUCAUGAUCAGUCCGAGGAAAUUGUUCCACUAAGGAAGGUCUGCCGUCGGCCUGAAACGGAUUACAGGUUGCAACAACUUCAUGCUGUGAAUGAGGCAGCAUCAGCAGAGCAGAAAAGUAUGGAUCAUUUUAUGGGGUCUGUUACUUCUGCUGAAAUGAUGCAAAAGCAGCAGAAUACAGAUGCAGCUUCGGCGCCCCCAGUUUUGCAUGCUAAUGCUUCUUUAGCUACCCAAUCUACGACUCCAGAAUUGAAAAGAGCUGAAGUCAGCACUGUUAUUAGUUCAGGGAAUUCUAAUUUUCCUCCAGGUAGUGCUGUAAUCACAAGCGGCACUGCUACAGUCGUGGUUCCUGGUGGCUCUCUCGAGAACAUGCCAAAAGGAAACUAGAAAGUUGCGUUGACAAAUUUGUCAGCCCUCUUGUUGUUAGCUCCUAGCUCCUCUAUCCUGAAAAGGAUGAGUAAUAUACAACCUCUUCUCAGCAUUGGUUUUCAUCAAUGUAUGAUUUGAGUAUGAGCUUCCCCUGUAUACUAAUUCUGAAUGCCAAUGACUAGUUCCAAAAAAGUGUGAAGUCUUACAAUUUCAACUGUAACCUCAAAUUGUUAAAUCCAAAGCUUCCAUUUCUUUUUUCA